AUGAUGGAAUAUGAGGUGAAGAAAUACGAAAAGUACAAGAAUAAUAUAAAAUUUUUGCUCAUUGGCUCUGGUCUUUGGCCAGAUUAUCAAAAGCAUCCAAAGAACUUAAAAAAUUUUCUGAGUAUUUGUUCUGCGGUAUCGAGUGGCUGUACAACCUAUGGUAUCAUUGCUUUUUGUAUCAGUAAUAUUAGUAACAUCAAUAUUUUGACAAGAGGUUUAGGGUUGAUGAUCAGCUUUGCAUCAGCUUGUCUUAAGGUAUGCAUUUUGGCUCUUCGCAAAAAUGACUUGUUGAGUCUCAAUAAAGGAAUCUCCGCUCAUUUCGAAAAGGAUCUUCAAAUUCCAAAAUUUCGUCCGUAUUUGCUGGCCCAUUUUUCAGAGUUUUCGAAAUUCUUUUACAUCUUUGAUUAUUCGGUUGCUUUGAAUUUAACUAUGUUGAUGCUCACCCCAAUGUUGAUGCUGAGACAUGGCAAAUACGUAAGGGCAUUGCCGCAACUUAUACCAUUCAACUACGAACUUGGAGGAGCCGUUCAUUGGUCCAUCUAUGUAUUUGAAAUACUUAGUGCUUAUUAUUGUUGGAGUAUAACCGUUGGAGUUGACUCCGUAUUUGGACUUUACGCCAUGCAUAUGGUUGGCGAGCUAAGGCUACUUUCGGCUCGUUUCGAGAGUUUGAUCUCAAGUAAGAAUUAUAGAAAAGACCUGAAAGAGUGCAUUGAUAGGCACAUUCUAAUCAUUGACUCUCAACAUUUAAUGCAGCGAAUUUUUGGUUUCUUGGCAAUUUGGCUGGCUGUUACAUGUGCCGUAGUUAUGUGUGCUAUUAUUUUUCAAGCUACUGGGAUACAGAAUAUGACUGUUUAUAGAGCAAUAUAUUUGAUAUGUUACUGCUUCUUAAAAUUAGUCCAAGCUUAUACUUAUGCUUGGUUUGGAAAUAUUAUUGCUGUCGAGAGUGAAAUAUGUCUCAAUUCAAUAUACAAUGCUCAUUGGCCAGAAACUGGAGAUUUACGAUUUAUGAAUGACAUUCUUAUCAUUCAGUCGCAAAAUCCAUUACGUUUUAUAGCUAGUGGCUGCGUAAUUGUGCGGUUAGAUAUGUUUUCAAAGAUUCUACAUGCUUCGAUAUCAUAUUUUUUUCUAUUGCGAACUUUAGAUGGAAAUGUUCAAGAUUCUUAA